AUGACAAGUGCAAAAAACAAAUUCGAAAUUGCGAGGAACAGGUCGUGCACCAGCAUAAAAGAAAACCUCAUGUGCUCUUCAAUCAUACUGAAAAAUUCAAGCGGACUUUUAAAAAAUAGUUCCAUAGUGGAUGGUGAAAGAGACAAUUAUGGAAGACCUGUUGAUUACCUGAACUAUGAUAAUACUAGUAAAAAUGAAAUACUCCAUUGUAAUAAUCCAUUAGACGAAUCUGUAGGUAGAAAGGUAAAUGCCAAGAAUCUACACAAAUAUCUGUACAUGAAUGAAGAAGAAGACAAUAAUGAGGAAUUUCCAUUUAACACCGACAUUUCAUAUGACCGUGAGUUAUCUAAUGAGUUCUCCAGAGGAAUGUUAUAUGACAAGAUUGGAAUGUCCAAUAGAACAUACAACACUGUUGUUGAUAAUGUACAUAACAACUUUCAAACGAAUAAAUUAGAAAAUGUUGUUAAUUCAAUAAAAUUUCAAGAUAAUACAAAUAUAAAAAUUCCAUCAUAUUUGAGGUGUUCCCCCUUGUAUGUUCUUUACCCUGAGUUGAGUUACCUCCAGACGGGAGGCGACCCGAGCGGUUCCCAAAAGUGCACUAUAAAAGAUGCGCAAGCUGGUCCGAGAAAUGAUGCGCAAGCUGGUCCGAGAAAUGAUGCACAGGUUGGGCCGAAAAAUGACGCACAGGUUGGGCCGAGAAAUGACGCACAGGUUGGGCCGAGAAAUGAUUCUGAGGGUGGAGUGCAAGACCUUGGUGGAGGCACCCCGGGGGUGGGACGUAGAGUAUCCUCAGAAUUGUCUAGGAACAAGAACCUGCAAGACUACCUUAGAUACACGAUAAACAACAAUCACACUAUAGGGAGAAAUAAAAUGUACGAAUAUUUUGAAUCUAGUAAAAAGAAUAUGGUAGAAAUUGGAUCCCCUAAUGACUUGAACCACACAAUUCUAUACAGAAAAACGAAGAGUCCAACAGAUGUCAUAUUAAAUUUAUACAAAAAUAGACACGUCAGUAGCAGUAGCAAUCACAUGGAAAAUGAACUGAAGACACUGAAUGUUUUGAAAAUGCAAAAAAUGCCAAUUGUAGAAAAAAAAGAAAAGGGAGAAAUUAAUAUCAUUACAUCGGAAGUAAAUCCAAAAAAGAAGGUUAAUCUUUUAAAUAAUUGCACCAAUAGUGACGAUAUGAAUAAUCCACAAAAAGCACACAUGAGUAAUAGAAAAAAUUCCAAUUUUAUAAUUAACCUUAUUGACAUGUCUUCCAGUGAAAAUAUAUCCUUAAAAACCGUCGAUCUCAAUAGUGAUAAAAAUGGAACAAGAGUAAAAAACAUAUUUCAGAUGCAGAAAAAAAACAAAAAAGAUGUUCAAGUGCAAACGAACGAUGAAGAUUUUAAAGAAGCAGCCAAAUGUGCUGUCGAUUUGGAUAUAGAGCGGGUUGUCAACAUUUUUAGCGAAAAAAAAAAAAAAAAAAAUACAUGUCCUCCUGAGGAUGCACUGAAAAGUGACCAUUCCGAAAAAUCCUCUUCAUCAGUGAAAGGGAAAAAAAGAAUCUUUAAAAUUUCGUACAAUGAUUCGAUGGUGGGAGAUUCGAAUCAGAUUUGUGCGGAAGAGAUCGAUGAAGAGGCACAUAGUCGCACAGAUGAGAGUUACUCGAGCGAAUCUGUCAGAGGAGGGGCAGAUUCAGAGGCAGAUUCAGAGGCAGAUGCAGGGGCAGGUGCAGAUUCAGAGGCAGAUUCAAGGGCAGAUGCAGGGGCAGGUGCAGAUUCAGAGGCAGAUUCAAGGGCAGAAGCAGGGGCAGGCGCAGAAAAUGAUGGAACAAAAAAGAAUAACCAAUUUAGAAUGACUCAAUUAAUGGCAAAUCAUAAUCAAUGCGUGAAAUCACGGAGACCCGUUGAACGUUUAAGAGGGACCAGGUUGAAAAAUCAUUUAAAUGCUUAUCGUCAAAGUUAUCCGUUUAGAAGUAAGAUAUCUCACUUAAAGGGUAGCCGAAUCUCUGGUAAUGGAACUGAUAUCCAGAAAGGAAAAGAUCACAAUGGACAAGACAAUGAAGAAAAUCAAAUGGAAAGAGACCAUGUUAUGAACUUAUUAACUUCUGGAUAUCUUCCCAUGGCACAUGAUGGAUCUCAUAUUCCCCAUCUUGGUAGAAGUAUGAAAAAAGCAAUUUUUAUCCCCAAUCGGGGUUAUAAUGCACCGGUGCAUAGGUAUAAUAUGGUAUCGAAGCAUAGACACGACAUUGCACUGGAACAUAAGUAUGAUAUGGAGAGGUCGUAUAGGAACACUAUCGAACCUUCCAUUGUAUAUAGAAACAUAGAAGAGAUAUCCCCCAUGAGUGAAAUCUACAAACAUGACAAACCUAUAAGUAAAGAAGUUGAUAAGUAUUACAAAGAAUUACAGAAAAUUCUACCAAGAGAGAGUAGCGUAUGUAUGAAUAUUGAAAAUAGCGCACCAAGGGGGCUAACGAAUAAGAAUGACAGGUUAGGAGAAUUCCAUAUAGGUGAAGUGGAGACGGGUACAAGAAAAAGCUUAGCCGAAUGCAUUUCAGAACCCAAUAAGAAAAGCUAUGAGAAGGAUAAGAUCACGAAUGAGCUACUGCUAAAAAAGUUGUACAUAGAAAAAAAAAAAAAUUUAUAUGAAAAAAAAAAACUUGAAAAAUCAUUAGCUAGUAUAGUGGAAAAGAGAACUAUGUUAAGAGAAAGGGCUAGAGACAAAUUUAACAAUUUAUGGAGUAAUUAUUACGAUAAAUCUUCGAGUAGUGCUGAUUGGGAUCAUAUAUCUUUUUUAAAAAGAACAGGAAGAUGUACCAGGAAGAUAUCAAAACGUUUAGAAAAACAUGAUUCUGUUGAUAGGGUCAAUAACAGGACCAACUUAGACAGCUACAAGAAAGGUAACAUUAGCAGUUGCAGUAAUGUAAAUUUGUAUUCAUCAAAUGAAGUAUCGAUUAAUGAAUUCAACAAAAACAUUAAUAAUGCACCACGAAAUUACAGCGUUCAAAAUGGAAAAAAAUACAAAGGAGUAAAUAUAACAAAUGAACGUCAUAUUUCGAAUAUAAUUUUUGGAAUAAAGAAUCAUCACCCAACAGUAAGAAAAGUAAGAAAAAAGAAAGAAUGCAAAACUAUGGAAAAUGAGAAAAGGAUAGAAGAACCCAUUUCUAGCUUUAUGUUAAAAUCAUUCAGGGAUAUAAGAUAUAGAGACGCAUUAAAUGACGAAAGACUUAGAUCACGUUCAUAUAAAAAUAGAGUAAAAAAACUGAACCUAUUGAAAAGAAGUAUCCAAUCGUUUAAGACACACACACAGAGGAAUAUACAACAAAAGGGAGAUGGGGAGUAUAAACAAAAUGAUAUAGUUCAGGAGGAGGUAAGAAGGUGUAUAGAACGGGGUGGCUAUUUCGAGCCGAAUAAUAUGGUGCAAAUUUUGGAAGAUUAUGAAUCAGACGAUGCAGGAGCACUUGACAAGCACUUUAUAAAACACCAUGAAGGUGGUAUGAAGAAUAACAAUAUAAAAGAAGAAAACAUCUAUAUUGAAAAUCAAAACUGUGAAGAAAUACUAAAUGGUGCAUUAAAAAUUACGUAUAAUAUAGGAAAGAGCACCGAGAUGGGGAAUUCUAUCGCUGAAGAACAAAAUCACAGUGAGAAUGCAUUUAGCACAUUACAGAAUGAAAAAAGAAAGAAUCAAAACAACCAACGUAAUUAUGACACUAAUUGUGGUAACAGGUAUGAUACCAAUUGUAAUGUUAAAGAAGACAGAGCGCAGGAGAACAUUUGUGAAAGGACUAGUGCGCAAAUAGAUGUUAUGGAAAAGGAAAUAAAUUCCUUCUUAAAAAUAGAGGGUGAAGAAAAAGGAGAAAAUGUUAUAUUAGAAGAAAGUACCGAAAUGAGAAAUGUCUUAAAUACAUAUAACUGCAUGAAUAACGAUACAAUAAAUAAAAAUCUGAACAAGUCAGACGAUUUAAUAAGAAUAAAAGUAAACAUAAAGAAUUCCAAUAAUGGAGAUAAAUCUGAUGGCGACAAAUUUAAUAGCAUAAUUCGGGAGAAUUCAGCUACUGAUGGUUAUGAUUCACAUGAGAAUUCAGAGAAAUUCUCUCAGCAUUCAUACAAAGACACAGAUAAUGUAUUUAUCAAUCGUUUAGGAUUGACAGCUCUAGAGAAGGGAAAUUUCAGCGACACAGAAUUAGCCAAUAGGAGAAAAAAUCCUGAAAUAUUAUCAAUAAAAGGAGAUUAUUCUAAUGGUAAUAACAAUAGCAAGUGCGAUACAUACGCGGGAAAAAAUUUUCUAAGAAAGAAUGAUGGUUCUGGAGGUGGGGAUUAUUUGAAAAUUAAGCAAAACGGUUUCAUGAAUAAGAUGAAAAGUUAUUCGCAUUCCAAAGUUGUAAACCAAAUAUGGAAAAGGAGAGAUCGGCUACAUAGAAUUAGCUCCAACUACAAUCACAACUGCAGUUCAUCUUUGUGUAAAACGAAUUCAAAGACAGAAGAAUCUGUGAACUUGGAACGUAUAGACCCAAACAGAUGGAUACAAAAAAUAUUUGGAGAUACUAAUUAA